CAGGUCUGAAAAGUGCCCUGCCACUUGGCACUGGAGCCCUCGUAGCUGCGAUAAGGACAAAACAGCUUCACCGCAGCAGGAAGAGGAGCAGCGGUGGCAGGAUCAAGCUUAAAAACUACUCCGGGGAGAUGUGAGGGAGUUUUGUGCCCCAGGUGUCCAGCCUUUCAUCUUUUCUUUUUCAAGCUGAGAUAACUUGUUCCCCCUGGGCUGGGUCCCCAGCAAGAAAACUGUCCACCUGACAGCUGUUUAUUUAAAAUCAUCGUAUGCCACCUUUCACCAAAAUGAUUACAAGUUGGUUUACCUGCUACUCACCACCCCCAACAAAAAAAAGUCGCCCACCACAGGAGUAUAUCUCCUGUUUUUAUGUACUACAACUCCCAUCAUCCCUGAACAUUAGCCGUGAUGGAACCGAUAGACCAAAAUAUCUGGAGGGCACCAAGAUGGGGAAGACUGCUUUAAACUCUACCUGACCCAGAGUGCUUUUUUUGAAUCACCCAAGAAAAGGGGAGUUCAUACAUUUCUUGAACAGCUUGUAACUUGUGACUACUUCAUGCGAAAAGAUGCCUGCAUUGGAGGAGGUUGAAUUAGAUGACCCUUGUGAUCCCUUCCAACUCUGCAAUAUUAUGAUUCUAGGUUCUUAGGUCGACUCUUGUAAUGCCUGCCUUCCGCUUAUCGUUCAGCUAGAAAGACAUGAGUUCAAAAGUCAGAGGAGACUUGUCAGAAUGCGGUGUCACAGAACUCCUUGUUUCGUCUUGACUUUCCUGCUCUCCUCGAAGUGCACUGUGACAAGGAGACGUCAAGGACAGUGUCGAGGGAGCAGCAUAUAAACCAGGCAAGGCCAUGGGCUUGAGCUAUGCCAGCCUUCACGUCUCCUACAAGCUCAAGCUGCUCAUGCUAUUCACCUUGUGUGUCUUAUUGGUGGGUUGGGCCACUUCCACUUACCUAGUGGAUGCCGUGCACGAAACUCCAAGAGCAAAAAGCAUCGUGGGGAGUUUCCGAAAACCAACCACUAUCACAGAGGAGCGAACAGAAAAUCCAGACAAGAGCACCAUGCCUACUGUGAAACUGCCCAUAAUGAGGCCCCCGUGUCCCUCUCUGUCUCCGUAUCUGCGAGGCCCUAGCAAGCUUUUCUUUAAGGCAUCUCUCACCCUGGAGGAGGUGCAGAAAGAGAAUCCUCGAGUGUCAAAGGGACGCCAUCGCCCAGAAGGCUGCUUAGCUCAGCAACGUGUCGCAAUAUUGAUUCCACAUCGCAACCGAGAGAAGCACUUGUUGUACCUGCUGGAGCACCUUCACCCAUUUCUGCAGCGGCAGCAGCUGGACUAUGGCAUUUAUAUCAUCCACCAGGCUGGCAGUGCCAAGUUUAACAGAGCAAAACUGCUGAAUGUGGGAUAUUUGGAGGCCCUGAAGGAAGAGAACUGGGAUUGUUUCAUAUUCCAUGACGUGGACUUGGUACCAGAGAAUGACUUCAACAUUUACAUGUGUGGCAGUCAGCCAAAGCACUUGGUAGUGGGUAGAAACAGCACAGGCUACAGGUUGCGUUACCAAGGAUACUUUGGGGGUGUAACUGCUCUAACAAGAGAGCAAUUUUCCAAGGUGAAUGGAUUUUCUAACAACUACUGGGGCUGGGGAGCAGAGGAUGAUGACCUCCGCAUCAGAGUUGAAAUGCAGAAGAUGAAGGUUAUUCGGCCUUCUCCUCAUGUGGCCAAAUACACGAUGAUCUUCCACACGAGAGACCGAGGCAACGAAGCAAAUCGACAGAGAAUGAAACUCUUGCGUCAGGUAUCUCAAGUGUGGAAAACAGAUGGGCUAAACUCCUGCACUUACAAGCUGCUCUCCGUGGAACACAACCCUUUGUACACCAACAUCACAGUGGACUUUGGCACGCCGACCAAGAUUUCAUAACCAUCUCUUGUGCCUAAUGAACAGUAUGGAUAACGGAAGACAAUUUCCAGGGCCGAGAGCAAGCACCUACCUUUUUGUUGGUGGUUUCCCCAGAAUCAAGUACAUUACAGGGGGAAGAAUAGGGUUCCCCCCGUACCCGAUCUCUAGUAGCUUUGUUAGAUGUUUCUUCCUGGACUUCAGGACAGUACUGGCCAGUUGGCGACUGCGGUUAACUUGAAUAACUCUAUGAUCAUGGUUUUUUCUUUGAUUAAAAAUAUUAAUUCCUUCCUCUGGAGGGAAUUGACUUCCACUGCCUGAAAGCUAUCUGUUUUGAUAGCUGAUGUUGAAUCUCCACCAUUUUAAAGUGGAAACAAGGAUAUAAGGACAAUACUGCCAUGCUUUUUCCAAGGUGCAAAGUUAAAGGGCUUCUUCAUCCAAUGGGCAAUACUCUUUUAAAUAGGAUAGCCCUGUUGGAAAUGGCUUUUUCUUCAGCCAGUUGAACAAGCAUUCAUCAUUACCUCCUGAGGUAAAGGUAUCUGAUGCCAUCGUGUUAAGAAUACCCACAGGGAGAAUGAGGGAGAUUUGAAAACUUGCAAUAAAAUAUGGAGCAUAUUGAAAAGUA